CAUUACAUUACACACAUACACACACACACACACACUGCACUGCACUGCGCUCCGAUUGCAACAGCCAGCAGUCAAGGGCAAAUUCUUCCCUGCAGGAGAAACUUUGGUGCGUUGCUCAGGUGGAUUUGGACGCAGAGGCAGCAGGGCGGGCCGCUGAACCACCUUGCUCGUGACCUCUGUUGGCCAAGGGAAAUUCUUCCAAGAAGGAGCCAGGGAUGGUGGAUCACCUGCUCCCUCAUGGGGAAAGUUUCCAUCCCAUGGGUUUGCCGGUGGCUUACCUGAACGAGAUGGUGAUGGACAACAGGAGUUACCAGACCCUCCCGUCCCCACUGUCUGAGGAUGACAGCGACUGCUCCAGUUCGCGUUCCUGCUCCAGCCCAGACUCCUUGGUCCUCAGCUCCAGCUACAGGAGCACGUCAAGCGCGGAGAGCGGAGAGAGCAUCAUAGAUUUCCUGCUCUCCCAGGCCUCCCUAGGGAACAUCCCGGCUCCUUGUUGGGACCGGAAGGAAAAUCAAUUUGUCGUCAAGGAAGAGAACCUGGAGCUUCCUGAUUUUGCGACGGAGAUGGAAGAUCUGGUGGGGCCUUUCCAGCCCACUCUGGAAGAGAUCGAGGAGUUUCUGGAAGAGAACAUGGAGAUGGAGUUAAAGGGCGAGCACCAACAUAUCGUGCACGGCGAUCAGGGGUUGGCCACCGCCGUGCAGGGUAAAGACCAAAGCAAACACCGCAGUGCGGAGUGUGACAAUCCCAAAAACAACUCGGCGGACGAAGCCAGUGAGGCCUCGAGGGCCGAGGGAGGUUUCCCGCUCAUUCUCCAGCUCCAGGAGGUCAAGCAAGAGCAGGGCAGUGGUGUCAGUCCGCAAGCGCAGGGGGAUAUUAAAAUCGCUCAGCUGGUGGUGAACAUUCAGGGCCAGAUGUUCACUCUGGUCCCUCAAUUUGUACAGUCCUCCAACUUGAACUCCUCGCGACAGUUUGUAAGGAUCGCGCCCAUCCCCAUCGCCGCCAAACCCUCGGGGGAGGGGGCGGCUGACGGCACGCAGAGUCCCGGGUGUUCCACGCUCAUCAGCCAGAAGUUUCCGAAGGGCACGCCGGCCGAGCUGAUCAAGAUGCACAAGUGCACGUUUCCGGAAUGCAACAAGAUGUACACCAAAAGCAGUCACUUGAAAGCCCACUUGAGGAGGCACACGGGAGAGAAACCCUUUGCCUGCACUUGGCCAGGGUGCGGCUGGAGAUUUUCAAGGUCGGACGAGCUCUCGAGGCACAGGCGCUCGCACUCUGGAAUCAAGCCUUAUCAGUGUUCCAUAUGUGAGAAGAAAUUCGCCCGGAGCGACCACCUGUCCAAGCACAUCAAAGUGCACCGGUUCCCAAGAACCAGCAGAACCAUCAGACCCGUGAACUAGCU